AUGGCCAUUGAAUUUAUAAAGAACCAUCCACUUUCGGUACUGAAGAAUAAGACCACUCGAACCGUGGUGGUCGCGACCUUUUGCAUUGGCUUUCUGUUGGGAUAUGUUUCCUUUAUUGUGGGGGUGAUUGCUUCCUUUCAUGGAAUGCGCUCUCUGAUACAAGUAAUACGAUAUCGACGGAGCUUUCUGCAGACACUGCAAUGGCAUGCUUCCAAUGCCAGAAACAAAUCGUACAUUACCAGAGCCAUUGUGGUGGCCAAGAAGAAAAUGGUAGAUCCAAUUACAGGGGAUCGGCAAUACAAAAUUGUCUUGGAAUUUCAACAACAAUCAUUGAUAUCAGACAAGAGUAGCAAAGAACAAGAAUCAUCAUCAUCAUCGACGGCGACAAGUCAAUUCAUUAUUCAAUCCGAUGAAUAUCCCAUCGCAGCGUCCGAAGUCGUUCGGGAUUGUCCUUCCGAGGGGUUUGCCAUGCCCCUGCAUGUGAUGGAGUAUGACAAGACUAUUCCCACCGAGCUAUACCGAGACCGAAUACAAGACUUGCAGCUUUGGGCUCAAUGGGUGGAUCCCAUUGUCAGUCUGGUGGGAAUCUGUCUCUAUCUUUUCCUAGCCUUUCUGUAUGCAGAGCUGGUCACGUUAUCAUCGCAAGGCUUUUUCACAAUCAUGGGAAUGGCCAUCCUAUCCAUAGUGCUCAUGACUCCAUACAUUUUACUGGACGUUCGAGUGCGCCACGAACAACGCUUGGAAGCACUUGACAAAAACCCAUUGGCGGUUGUUACAGAAUUUGAAAAGAUUCGAGACCUGUGGUAUUCCUUGGGGCCAACAAUGGCUCAAAAGUUGAAACCCGUGAUGUUUGCUGUUGGACUUUUGGCGAUGGCCGUCUUUUCUGCGAUUGGAAUAAUCCCUGGAUGUUGGGCGGUAUGGGGUCUGACCAAGUUGACGGAUGCCAAGAUUACCAGUCAGCGUGAAUCCUUGUUUCGGUUAUUUCAACGGGCCAAGAAAGUGAAAGGGUACAUUGUUGAUUGUUUCGUUCCAGAGUUUGGACAGCGCAAAAAACAUUCCGUAACAAUUCGAUACACUGCUCCAAACGGAGAAAAAGUCGAAAAGAAAUUGGAGCAUGAAUAUCUGCUACGAGACUAUUUGCAGCACAAAUCACAGCGCAGCAAGAGUUCUAUCGAUGAUAGCAAUCCUCCGUCGGUUCCAGUGGAUCUACUCGUUCUUUUGGAUCAUCCAUGCUCCGGCUAUCCAGAAAGGAACAUAAUCGCAACGUGGAGUCCAUCCAAAAUUCAUGUCGUCGCUUUUGUCGGUCUCUUUUUCUAUAUGAUGUGUUUUCUGAUGAAUUACGAAGAUUGGCUACCCAUCUAUUAUGACACCGAAAACGAAAUGGUCGACAGUCUGGUGAAUGAUAUUAUUUUAUACUGGGCACCCGCUUUUAUUCCAUUUGUGUUCAUGAUGCCACAAACAUACUCAUUCCAUCGAUAUCGAUAUCGAGGGUUACUGCAUGAUGUUUUUGAAGCAGGCUUAGAGACAAAUAGUAUUUAG